UCACUUUCCCCAAACUCUAUCUUCUUCCUCCUCCUGAACAUAUAUAUAAACACCCCCCCCUGCAAAAGGGCUGUUUAUAUAUAUCACUUUUCUUUCAUAUAUCUCAAAAAAAAAUCCAAUUUGUAAAAAAAAUAAUAAUAAUAAUGUUGGAAGGUAAGGCACUUGUGGAAGACACAGACAUGCCAAUCAAGAUGCAGAUCCAAGCCAUGGCUUAUGCUUCACAAGCUUUAGAUCUCUAUGAUGUUCUUGAUUGCAAAUCCAUUGCUGCCCAUAUCAAAAAGGAGUUUGACAAGAAGUAUGGAAAUGGAUGGCAAUGUGUGGUGGGUUCAAAUUUUGGAUGUUUCUUCACUCACACCAAAGGAACUUUUAUCUACUUCACAUUGGAGACUCUCAAUUUCCUCAUCUUCAAAGGAGCUUCUUCCCCCCCCCCCCCCCCCCCCCCCCCCCAAUGA